UCGUUUAAACUGGAGAAUGAUGCGCCUGGCUUUCGUUUUUUAGUGCAAUGUUUUCCUGUCUCCUGCUACGACGCUCGUGCACGUAACCUUAUCCAAGUUAUUGAUUUUCUCGAUGCUUGGUCACGUUCCCCACGCCAAUUAAAUGAGCACUGGGUUCUCUUUCACCACCGCACCGACUCCCAGUUCAUCCUCAACCUGCAAACCGACACCAUCCGCUAACGCCGCCACAUUAGCCACACCUAAACAAAGCCAAUUUAAACCAAAUUACUGCAAGUGUUCCACCCCAAGCGACCGAUUUCUUAGGUAGAGAAACCAUAAACCACAAAGAAAACAAUUAUGGCUGUUUCUUCAAUUGAACAUGGACAGGUUUACCGAUUCAAUUGUCUUGCUGACAAUAAGUUUCUCGAUCUGCACAUGAAGACCACUGAUCACGGAAACAAACUCAUCGUCUGGGAUGGCAACACAUCCAAUGCACAAAGAUUUCGUGCUGAGAUCGUCGAUGACGGAUUUCGACUUUUAUCUCAAUGCCGAGGGAAGGGAGAGCCUCUGAGAGUCAUAACGGAACAAGCUGACGGAAAGGGACUCGUGAUCUAUGCUGAUCAUAAUACUGAUUCCAACCACGUCUGGCAUCUUGAAACCCACGAAGGAGGCGAUCAAGGUACUUAUGUCCUGAUCAUUAACAAUGGAAGUGGAAAGGCAUUGGCUAAUCAAGGAUACAAAAACCAAGUGCGGUGCAUUAAUCCAGACUUUAACGAUGUUCACCAACAGUGGAGAAUUCAUGUUGCCGAGCACGACCAACCAGGCCACAUGGAUUAAAUGUCGGCAAAUCCUCCCGAAAAUAAUUUCAUCUACUUAAUAUUUCAGCUUCACAUGCUAAUUAAUUAAUUCCUAGUCGACGAGUUUGUGUACGGCACUUCAUACAUACAUACUGCCGUUAUGUAUUCAGUCAUUCCCCGAUAUACCCAGCAUGUCAGCAGAGCAUAAAUAAUUGUAACUUUGGUAAAUCCAUGUAGUAGUCAAUAUUGUAUGCAGAAUGCAAUUAACAAGUUCCUAAUUCUAGUAUUUGGUUUAAACACAAAAAAUCUACUAAUAUUAGAUAGGAAACCGGGUUUCACUCAUUUAUGCAUGUAUUAAUCAUUUUUUCAUGCACACACACCUAAAUCUUUGGUUUUAAACUGCCAUAAACUUGUGUAGUUGUUGUUUAGUCAGCCCAAAGUGUCAAAUCAUUUUGUUACAUAAACCUGUAUACAUAUUAAAGUAUUAAGUGAAUACAUUAAUGCAAUAAACUAUAUUACUUACACAAAA